AUGAAUAUAGUGUGCGGCGUUUGUGGAACGCACAGCACUAAAGCAGACUACUACUGUGGAUCCUGCAUCAAUUUUAAGAUUUUAAAACUGAAACUCAAUAUCACCAAUCUAUGCUAUCUUAACGAGACAUUUGGGUACGAAAUUGAUAAGGUUCUGCAGGAUUGCAUCAAUGGUUACAGCUCCAAAGUGCUAAGAAAAUAUCUAGAAGGGGAGCUACAGGCUGAUGUGGGUACACGAGAGAAAUUGAGCCCCUCAACAGAAGCAAUUGCCAGACUUGCCUACAUGCUCCUUGCGGUGGAACUGUCACAACUAAAGAAAAAUCUUGCACAGGUUGAUGAGACUUUGAAGCGACAAGAACUAGCCAACAUGCGUCUCAGAGCGAAAGUGGAGGAAUUGAGGGCUUCCAAGAGUGAACAGGCCAACUUGAUUCGUAGGAAGAAGCAGGAACUGGCAGAAAAACAUCAAGAACGUCUCGAACAGAUUCGCGCCACCAUGAGAGAAAUUGAAGUUGAUAAGUUGGGCAAGACGGCCAAACUAAUCAAACAAUCGGAAAAUCAACAUUUUCAACAGUUGGUGAAGGUGUCAAGCUACGAGAACAUGAAAGGCGCCCGGAAGUCGGAACUGUCAAAAUCCAAGCUACCAAGCCUCGAAAGGCUAAACUACAAUAUUAUGAACCUACGAAACAAAAUCACUCCAGGACCGGCUGGAUUCAGAAAUGCAUUAUUCUUCAGCCCUGUUCUUCCUUUAUCACAAUAUUUGUAUUAUACAUCUGAGGUGGUUAUCACUUCCAUCACUAAGGUCGCUCAAUUUGUAUCAUUGUCGACGGUGUAUCUCAACGUUGAUGUGCCAUUUCGGAUUGUGAGGUCGACGCCAUUCAUAUACAUAGUUGAGGAUGCAUGCGAAUCAUACGCGUUGACUCUUGGACCACCCAGUGAAAAUCCCGAGCAAACAAACAGCUUGUUCGAGUCUACUAACCAGGACUUGACUCGUUUCUGUGGCGCACUAGCUAGAUUGCUUAUCAAUAUGGUAGUCCUUAUCAACGCUACGAAGCAAACGCCGUUACGAUUUGAGAAUCUACUGAAUAUCGAUGAGCUACUACAGCUUCUUGUUGGAGAAGUGCCCGAUCCCAACUGGACUGUGAAAGAGCAUGUUCCUAGCCAACGAGAAGACAACAAACCUACACCUCGCAGAUCCAUAUUCAAUUUUUGGAGCAGAAGAAAACGGUCACAUGCUAAUAUAAACCCCUCGCAAGAAAAGGGAUCGGAGAAUGGCUUUCAAGAAGUACUGGAAAUGUCUCUCUACAAUAGCCAACAUUUAGUUGAGUAUCUCCAGGACCAAAAAAUCAACAUCCAGUCAAAAAUAGCAAAUAGCAUUAUUGCUCCCUCACCAUCAGCUUCCACCUCGCUUGGAGCCACGUCACUUUCCGCAAGCAACGGAAGUUCUAAUACGCCAAUGGUGCCGGAAUGGUCGUCUGAGAUUUCGCCCAUACCUGAUGCUGAUUGGCUGUCAUCGAAAUUACAUGCAUUUUUUGUGACAGAAAUCUUGAAAGUGCUCGAUAGAGAAACAGGGUCAAGCCAGCUCGCUAAUGGUGGCCUCUCGGCUUCUAGCACUUCAACAUACCAGCAAAUUAAUUACAAUUCAAAGAAUACCGACUCCACAGGGUCUCGCUACAAAACAGCGCCUUUAUACGCAACGAAUGCCGCCCCUGUCUACCAAUCGAGUAUUCCACCGCCAUCAAGAAGCCGAUUCCAUCACUACAAGCAUUCCAAGCAGGCCAAAACAGAUAACUGGGAAGUUAUAUAG